ACUGCCGACAUCGGCUCUCGACUGGGGGGUGUCGGCUUUUCCUCACCAAUAGCACGACAGUCGGAUGUCGUUUAACUCACCCCGACAUUUGUCGGUCAAGUGAGUAGUCUCUCGUAUACUCUUCGUCUCUAUAGUAUCGUGUACACGACAUCGUUUAGACGACAGUCGGGUAAGUGUGAAACAAACCUAAGCGUUCACGGCGCCCAAAAAUACUCUUAGGCGUUCCACAUAGCGACUACGAUCGUUCUGGUCGCGGGACUCAUAACGUCAUGACUAUACUUCAAGACAUCCCUGUUCAAGGGAAGCAUUCUUGUGAUGCAUACCAAAUAUUUCACUGUCGCCGCAGAAGAUAUUUUGAUUUUACUGUAAUGUAAAUUAGUUAAGCACUACACAAAAAAAUACAGUAACUUGAAAUUAUAAUAUAACUCUUAAAGCUUUCGCUUUAUUUUUUCUGUUUUCCAUUCGUUAAUAUUUAUCUCAACGCUCAAAAGUCUCGUAAUCUAUUCUCAUGAGUUUACGAUUAUAAUGCAGUGGACUAAGUGGAACCGAAAAGAUCGUGGUUGUGAACGUGAUUGUCAUGAGUGCUUAGUGGAAUGCACCCUCAGUGCAUCGACUCAAAUAUUUUUUUGACAGUCUUAAAUUACAAAUAAUCAAAUAAAGUGAAUAUAAACGAUUUUAUUAGAAAAAUAACUAAGGUAACUAUGUCAGAAGGUCCGGAAUCGAAUCAAAAAAGAUGGAGUCAUUUAAGGAAAGUAUUAGAACGACCAGGUCCAUUCAGUCACCCCGAGUUUGAACCUUCUUCAGAAAUUUUAGAUUUCAUUAUGACUUCCUGUAAAAUACUAGUUGUAGGAGCAGGUGGAUUAGGUUGUGAAUUAUUAAAAGACUUAGCGUUAAUGGGAUUCAAAAAUAUUCACGUUAUAGAUAUGGAUAUAAUAGAUUUGUCAAAUUUAAAUAGACAAUUUUUAUUCAGACAUAAAGAUAUAGGAUCCUCUAAAGCUGAGGUAGCAGCUGCUUUUAUUAAUAAAAAAAUACCAGGAUGUCAAGUUACACCACAUUUUUGCAAAAUACAAGAUUUUGAUGAAAAUUUUUACAGACAGUUCCAUAUUAUUGUGUGUGGUUUAGAUUCUAUAGUAGCCAGGAGGUGGAUUAAUGGAAUGUUGAUAUCUUUAUUAAAUUAUGAGGAUGAUGUAUUAGAUCAACAAUCUGUUAUUCCUAUGGUAGAUGGAGGUACUGAGGGAUUUAAAGGCAAUGCAAGAGUUAUUUUACCAGGCAUGAGUGCAUGUGUUGAGUGCACUUUAGACUUAUAUCCCCCUCAAGUGAAUUACCCAUUGUGUACUAUAGCAAACACUCCAAGGUUACCUGAACAUUGUAUAGAAUAUGUAAAAGUGAUAAUGUGGCCCAGGGAAAACCCAUUUAAUGUUUGUUUAGACGGAGAUGAUCCUCAGCACAUUUCCUGGGUAUAUGAGAAAUCUUUAGAAAGAGCACAUCAAUUUAACAUACCCGGAAUUACUUUUAGACUUGUUCAAGGAGUCAUUAAACACAUUAUACCAGCAGUGGCUUCUACUAACGCAGUAAUAGCUGGAGUAUGUGCAACAGAGGUGUUUAAAAUAGCAACGAGCUGCUGCGUGCCUUUGAACAAUUACAUGGUUUUUAAUGACGUUGAUGGAAUUUACACAUACACUUAUGAAGCUGAACGUAAUCCUGAUUGCUUAGUAUGCUCUCAAACCCCUCAAGUAAUGGAAAUUAAAGAUCCAAAUACAAUGAAAUUGAAACAUUUGGUUGAAUUAUUGUCAGAAAGUGCUUCUUAUCAGAUGAAAAGCCCUGGUUUAACUACAACUAUCGAUGGAAAAAAUAAAACUUUGUAUAUGUCUACCAUUAAGAGUAUCGAGGAACGCACCAGGGAUAAUUUGAAUAAAAGUUUAGUAGAAUUAGGAUUAAAAGAUGGUCAGGAUAUUUUAGUUGCUGAUGUAACUUCUCCUACUACUUUGAUUAUUAAGUUGAAAUAUUCGGUAGAUGAUGUUGAAAUGAAAUAAAUUACUAUUUUUUAUAAAUAGAUCUGUUUUUUUGUCAUAAUAAAACUAAACCAUU